AUGGCUCCUCCGAAAAUAAGAACGUAUAUCGAUGAUUAUGUCAAAUUUGGUUUUACGUUUAUUGAAAAAGAUGGUGUCCAAAAGCCUCAGUGUGUUAUUUGUCACAUUGUAUUAAGUAACGAUGCCCUCCGACCUUGUCGACUAGAACGACAUUUAACCACAGCUCAUCCGAUACUAAAAGGAAAACCUAAAGAGUUUUUUGUUGCUAAAAAAAAUUCUUUAAGUAAAAUGAAAAUUGAUCAUACCGGAGAGUUUCAACAGAAUAAUAAAAAAAAUUUUGAAGCUUCAUAUCACAUCGCUUUCAUGGUGGCUCAACAAAAUAAACUCCAUACCUUGGAUAAUACAGUGAAACGACUUAUAGAUGAAUUAGCUUUGGACAUUAAAAAUCAGUUGAUUCAUAAAUUAAAACAUUCCGUAUUCUUUGCAAUCCAAUGUGAUGAAUCAACUGAUGUGGCCAAUUUUCGCCAACUAUUAGUUUACUGCCGUUUUAUAAAUGAACAGUCCAUCGCAGAAGAACUUCUAUUUUCCCAGGCUUUAAAUUCCACCUCGAAAGGCAGUGACGUUUUGUCUACCAUUGACAUAUUUUUUGAUCAGAAUCGUUUGUCUUGGAAAAAUGUUGUAGGUGUCUGUACAGAUGGUGCUCCUGUAAUGCUAGGGUUAAGAUUGGGUUUUGUAAGCCUAGCAAAAAAUAAAAACCCGUCAAUAAUCGGUUCUUGUUGUGUAAUAUACCGACAAGCUUUAGCUGCAAAAACGCUACCAUCUGAACUUAAAAAUGUACUUGAAGUAUGUAUAAAAGUUGUUAACACCAUCAAAAGCAGUGCACUUAACUCGCGUCUUUUUAAGAUUCUUUGUUCAGAGCUGUCCGCAGAACAUUCUGUUUUGUUAUUCCAUACAGAGGUUCGUUGGUUAUCAAAAGGGAAUAUGUUUGAACGUUUGUACGAAUUAAAAUCUGAAGUGGAAAUUAUGCUUUUAUAA